UCAGUCGCUUUAUGAACCGCCAAGCAAAAAGUCGUGCUAGCGGACGCAACGGACGCAUUUUGGACCGGUUAACGAGGUCGACGUGUUGAGCCAACGCGAAUUGUUAUUUACAAAAGUAAAUACUGGAUAUCAGCUACUUAGUCAGAAUGUACGACUGACUUUUCGGUGAUCUCAGUGAUGCACAGUCAUCCGAAACGCAAAUCGCUAGCGGAUAUUAGUGACGGUUAUUUGAAUAGACCCACAAACGCGCCGCGAAAGGUCAAAUCAAGCUACUGAAAAUCAAGCAAAAAAUGAGAGGAAAGAAAUACUCAACGCCGAAUUAAAAUGACAGUUAAACGCAAAAUCCAAAGUGCAAUAGAAUUUCGCGAUUGCGAAAAGUCUCGGCGGUCCUUCGUUUGAACUCUCUAAUUGAUUCGUGUCGUGUCGCAGCAGAUAAGAUCCGGAAAGUGAAAAUUGUAAGGAACUAAUUGUAGUGCGACUCAUGUGAUUCGCGGAGCCAUGUUAGAAUGGCUAACCCAGGCAAAAACGAGAGUGGCGGACACAACGGAGCGGGCAGUGGCCGCAACCACGCCCACAAUGGGCGCAACGGACAUGGUCAGCGCCUGGAAAAUCCGACCGCCAGCCAAGCCACCUUCGAUGCCCGGAGUUUGUGGCCAAGUGUACAGUCUUGGAUUGGCGGCGGUGUUCGGCAACUGAGAAGCCAAGUCCUUCGGCGAACAGCCACCACGGGUCCGGAGAUGGCUCCUUCCGGAGGAGGAGAGGACCGAGUUCCGCCUGGUUCACGGCCCGAGGGCAACGAUCAGGCUGCGUCAUCUAGGAGAGGAACGGGUGUCACGGAGACCGACGGCAACAAUCCCCAUCGCAGGCUCAGCGAACCACCACAGGCGAGCAGUAGGAUUUCCAUGAAAAGUCUCCUUAAAAAAACAGGCCUCGGAAGGAAAAAACGAAAAGAUGAUGAGGACUUUACGUCGUCCGCCGGCUACGAUGCAGAUGAUGGGGAGAGGCGUGUCAUAGUCAUUAAUGGGCCACAGCCCUCUAAAUACUGUAAUAAUCGCAUAACGACGGCAAAGUAUAGUUUUAUCAGCUUUUUGCCCGCGUUCCUGUUUGAGCAGUUUCGGCGGUAUUCGAACUGCUUUUUCCUGCUAAUUGCCAUGCUGCAACAGAUUCCGGAUGUAUCGCCAACGGGUCGUUACACCACAUUGGUGCCGCUGAUGUUCAUCCUCUCUGUGAGCGCCAUUAAGGAGAUAAUUGAGGAUAUCAAACGACAUCGCGCAGAUAAUGAGAUCAAUCACCGAAUGAUCGAACGCCUGGAUAGUGGCUCCUGGAGCACAGUGCGCUGGUCGGAGCUGACGGUGGGCGAUAUCAUAAAAGUGGGGAUCAAUACCUUCUUCCCCGCCGAUCUGAUUCUGCUGUCGUCCAGUGAGCCGCAGGCCAUGUGCUUCAUAGAGACGGCCAAUCUGGAUGGGGAGACGAACCUGAAGAUCCGGCAGGGACUACCGGCCACCGCAGGACUGCUGGAGACGAAGGACCUGCAACGACUGGAGGGCAGGAUCGAGUGCGAGCUGCCCAACCGGCAUUUAUACGAGUUUAAUGGGGUUCUCAAGGAGACCGGCAAACAAACUGUUGCUUUGGGCAAUGAUCAGAUGCUGCAGCGCGGUGCCAUUUUAAGAAACACGGCUUGGGUGUUCGGCAUCGUGGUCUACUCCGGCCAGGAGACGAAGCUGAUGAAGAACUCUACCUCGGCGCCACUAAAGCGCUCCACCGUAGACAAGCUGACCAACACGCAGAUCCUCAUGCUGUUCAUGAUCCUCAUCUCGCUGUGCAUAACCAGCGGUCUGUGCAACCUGUUCUGGACGCGGGAGCACUGGGAAACGGACUGGUACCUGGCGCUCAGCGACUUCAAGACCAGGAGCCUUGGCUACAAUCUGCUCACCUUCUUCAUUCUGUACAACAACCUGAUCCCCAUCUCGCUGCAGGUGACCCUUGAGCUGGUGCGCUUCCUGCAGGCCAUCUUCAUCAACUACGACAUCGAGAUGUACCACGAGCAGUCGAACACGCCGGCCAUGGCUCGCACAUCGAACCUGAACGAGGAGCUGGGCAUGGUCAAGUACAUCUUCUCGGACAAGACGGGCACCCUCACGCAGAACGUGAUGGAGUUCAAGAAGUGCUCCAUCGCCGGUUACGUCUACACAACGGAGCGCACGCCCGAGGAGUCGCAACUGGUGCAGAACAUUCUGAGUCGCCAUCAGACUGCCGCCGUCAUCGAGGAGUUCCUGGUGCUGUUGUCCGUGUGCCAUACGGUGAUACCCGAGCGCAAGGAGGACGGCACCAUCAUCUACCACGCCGCCAGUCCGGAUGAGCGGGCUCUGGUGGAGGGAGCCCAGCGAUUUGGCUACAUCUUCGACACGCGCACUCCGGAGUACGUGGAGAUCAAUGCGCUGGGCGAGCGGAAGCGGUACGAGGUGCUGAAUGUCCUCGAGUUCACCUCGACGCGCAAGCGCAUGUCGCUGAUUGUCCGAACGCCGGAUAACAAGAUCAAGCUCUUUUGCAAGGGAGCCGACACGGUGAUCUACGAGCGGCUGGCGCCCCAGGGUCAAGCCUUCCGCGACCAGACGCUGCGCCACUUAGAGGAGUUUGCCUCGGACGGCUUGAGGACCCUAUGCCUGGCGGUGGCCGAUAUCCGGCCGGACGUGUACCAGGAGUGGCGCCAGACCUUCCACAAGGCCUCGGUGGCGCUGCAGAACCGGGAGAGCAAGCUGGAGGAUGCGGCCAAUUUGAUUGAGAACAAUCUGCGCCUCCUGGGCGCCACGGCCAUCGAGGAUCGGCUGCAGGAUGGAGUGCCGGAAACGAUUGCUGCCCUGCUGGACGCCGGCAUCUACAUCUGGGUACUCACCGGCGACAAGCAGGAGACGGCCAUUAACAUUGGCUACUCCUGCCGGCUGAUCAGUCACUCCAUGGACAUUAUCAUCCUUAACGAGGAGAGUCUUGAUGCCACACGCGAAGUUAUCCAUCGUCAUUACGGGGAGUUCAAGACCUCGACGGCCAAGGAUGCAAAUGUGGCGCUGGUCAUUGAUGGCACUACCCUAAAGUACGCCCUGAGCUGUGACCUGCGCAACGAUUUCCAGGACUUGUGUAUCCUGUGCCGCGUGGUCAUCUGCUGCCGUGUGUCGCCAAUGCAAAAGGCCGAGGUGGUCGAGAUGGUCACCCAGAGCACGAAGGCGGUGACCCUGGCCAUUGGCGAUGGAGCCAACGACGUGGCCAUGAUCCAGAAGGCCAAUGUGGGCAUCGGAAUAUCUGGAGUGGAGGGUCUGCAGGCGGCCUGCGCCUCGGACUACUCGAUCGCCCAGUUUCGCUAUCUGCAGCGCUUGCUUCUGGUUCACGGCGCCUGGAACUACGCACGCAUCUCCAAGCUGAUCCUGUACAGCUUCUACAAGAACGUGUGCCUGUACGUGAUCGAGCUGUGGUUUGCCCUCUACUCCGGAUGGUCGGGUCAAAUACUGUUCGAGCGCUGGACCAUUGGCCUGUACAAUGUGCUCUUUACGGCCAUGCCGCCGUUUGCAAUGGGUCUCUUCGAGAAGUUCUGCACGGCGGAGACGAUGCUCCGGUAUCCACUACUGUACAAAACGUCGCAGAAUGCGAAACUCUUCAACGUGAAGGUUUUCUGGAUCUGGAUAUUCAAUGCGCUGCUGCACUCGGUGUUCCUCUUCUGGUUGCCAUUGGCUGCCUACAGCAGCGAGGUGAUCUGGGGCGAUGGCAAGACCAGUGACUACCUGCUGAUGGGCAACCUUGUCUACACGUAUGUGAUUGUCACAGUUUGCCUCAAGGCUGGACUCAUUACCAACUCGUGGACCUGGCUGACGCAUCUGGCCAUUUGGGGCUCCAUUGUGCUGUGGUUCGGAUUCCUGCUGAUCUACAGCCAUGUGUGGCCGACCUUCAAGUUUGCCAGCAACUUCCGCGGCAUGGACAUCCAGCUGCUGUCGACGCCAGUUUUCUAUUUCGGCCUGAUGCUGGUGCCCAUCACCACGCUGCUGGUGGAUGUCAUCUGCAAACUCGUACACAACACCGUGUUCAAGACACUCACGGAGGCUGUUCGCGAAACGGAGAUCCGACGCAGCGACAUCUCCGAAGUGAUGAACGAGCCGCGUUCUUCUGACUCUGGUUUCGGAUACGCCCUCGGCAAGUUGAUACGAUCCAGCCACGCCCUGCUCUCCCAUGACCAGCGCACCAACCCGGAGUCGAGGUCCAGUGUGGAGACAAACCUGCGGGUGGAGAACCUGGAGCUGGAGGUGGACACGGAGCAGCAGCAGCGGCACAGGCAGCGACAGAAGUGGUGGGGAGGUACAGUGCCCAUCGCAGUGGCCCGUGGCGCCAGAUCCACCGCCACGUCACCCACAACGGCCACUCUGCACAUGUGAAGGCCACUGGUCACUGGUCACUGGUCACUGGCCACUGGGCACUCUCUACAUCGAAGGCAAAGCAAAUCGAAUUAUUUUACUAGUGCUAUCCAUUAUCUGAUAAGUGUGCAUUGUAUAGUAUUGUAAUAUGCAUUCCGUGUGGGACUAUUUCCCCUAAUUCGCAUCCAGUACCUACUAAGAACCGACGCGUUCAUAUCAUACAUAUACCUAUAAAUAUAUGCUAGGGCUUUUUACAUCGCAUACUGUAUGUGCUAACAAACUAUUUGCCAACUGUGAUAGUGUCUAAGGAGUAGCCAGGAUGUUAGGCACGUAGAAUAGGCCAAUAAUCAGGGAAUGAUCUUUUGUGAGCUGAGUUUUUCGUCAUUCCCCACAAGCUGAGUUAAUUUAUGUACUUUAAAUCGUACCUAUAUGUUAGCUGGAUGUAUUGCCGUACACUUUUAAGAAACUUGUCAGGUUGUAAAAAUGUUAACGAUCCUACUUAACAAUCUAUGAUUAACCAACCGAUAUACAUACUCAUCCCAACGUUAUUGGAAUGUGAUGGUACCCUGAUGAUAUGUAUGUAUCAGUUUUGAAUAUAUGUAUCCUGCACUGUCCACCCCAGCUUGCAUGCAAUUUAAUUCGGCCAAUGAUAUAUACUAACUCUAUGGCUGCUGAUUGAUUUAAUCCGAUCCGAUAUGAUCCGAUCCGAUCCGAUCCGAUUCGAUCCGCUCUGCACUUAUGUUGUAUGUAUGUACUUAUAUUUUAUUUUGUAUUACUCGACACCCAACAAAGCGACUUAACCAAUCACACCCAACACCUACUCGCAGAACCCAAAACACACCCAACAAUAAACUAAUCAAUAUAUAUAUAAUUUAAUAAAAGUCAAAGAGUCAACAGCAAAA